GAAGAGGAGCGUUGCCGCCGCCUCUCCCUCCUCUGCUGCUCCGAGCUGGGCGCUCUGUUUGUUUUAUUAAAACGCUUUCGGGAUGUGAUCCCGCCCCCUUUUUGCAAGAGUGAAACUGAUUAUUUCUCCAGCUCGGCAGGAGAGAGUCAUUCGUUUGGGAUUGUGGGAGAGAGAGAGAGAAAGAGAGAAAAGAAGAGGAGGAGGGAGGACAAGAAGGAAGAGAAGCUUCGCCGGGCGUGGAGUUUUGAAUCCUCCUCUCCCUGCCUCUCUUCCCCUCCCUACCUCCGAUCCGCGAUGUUACAAAGCCUGUGAGCUGCGCUUUUCCCAUUCGCCUCCUGUCACUUCCUUCCUGGACGCUUUCAGGACGAGUCCGCUCGUUUACUUUUAUUCCGACCAAGCAGCUCAGGCACUUUCGCCUCCUGCAACGCUCUUCCUCACACACUCCAGAUAGCUUCUCAUUGGAUUGAUUGUCAAGGUUGUGUGUGUAUGCGGUUCAAGGAGACUGCAUGUUGAACCAGGUGGUGAACAUCUUACAAGGCUGGAAGAAGAACUAAAGGUUUCUCCCCCUCCCCCCCAACCCUCCUCAGUGUGUGUGUGUCUCUCUGGUUCCCAAGAAGGGGAAAAUAUCGCAAAGAAUAGCCUGAUCAUCCAAACGUUUGCAAUCAGGAACGGAUGCAGGGGUCUGUGAAUUGAAUUGUGUAAGUGCUGAAGAAGGAGUCUUGGUUUGAGGAAAGAGGAAGGAGAGAGAAGAAAAUACAUAAGUGUAGGAACAAAAGAGAGAAGAAAAACGGGGACUAUGGGGAGAAAAAAGAUUCAGAUCACGAGGAUUAUGGAUGAGCGUAACAGGCAGGUGACAUUUACAAAGAGGAAAUUUGGGUUAAUGAAGAAGGCUUAUGAGUUGAGUGUGCUGUGUGACUGUGAGAUUGCUCUAAUCAUCUUCAAUAGCACCAACAAACUGUUUCAGUAUGCCAGCACUGACAUGGACAAGGUGUUGCUGAAGUAUACAGAGUACAAUGAGCCACAUGAGAGCAGAACAAAUUCAGAUAUUGUAGAGACAUUGAGAAAGAAAGGACUUAAUGGUUGUGACAGUCCAGACCCCGAUGCAGACGAUUCAGUAGGUCACAGCCCUGAGUCUGAGGACAAGUACAGGAAAAUUAAUGAAGAUAUUGAUCUAAUGAUCAGCAGGCAAAGAUUAUGUGCUGUUCCACCACCCAACUUUGAGAUGCCAGUUUCUAUCCCAGUGUCCAACCACAACAGCUUGGUAUACAGCAACCCAGUAAGCUCCCUGGGGAACCCCAACCUUUUGCCUCUGGCCCACCCUUCCUUACAGCGCAAUAGCAUGUCUCCUGGUGUGACACACCGGCCACCAAGUGCAGGUAACACAGGUGGCCUGAUGGGUGGGGACCUCACAACCGGUGCAGGCACCAGUGCAGGAAACGGGUAUGGCAACCCUCGAAACUCACCAGGUCUGCUGGUCUCACCUGGGAACUUGAACAAGAAUAUGCAAGCAAAGUCUCCUCCUCCCAUGAAUUUGGGAAUGAACAACCGUAAGCCUGAUCUCCGAGUGCUGAUUCCACCUGGCAGCAAGAACACAAUGCCAUCUGUGUCUGAGGAUGUUGAUCUGCUUUUGAAUCAGAGGAUAAAUAACUCCCAGUCUGCUCAGUCACUGGCUACCCCAGUGGUUUCCGUGGCAACUCCUACUUUGCCAGGGCAAGGGAUGGGAGGGUACCCAUCAGCCAUUUCUACAACAUAUGGUACCGAAUACUCACUGAGUAGUGCUGAUUUGUCAUCACUCUCUGGGUUUAACACAGCCAGUGCUCUUCACCUGGGUUCUGUCACUGGCUGGCAGCAGCAGCAUCUACAUAAUAUGCCACCAUCUGCCCUCAGUCAAUUGGGAGCUUGCACUAGCACUCAUUUAUCUCAGAAUACAAAUCUCUCCCUGCCUUCUACUCAAAGCCUCAACAUCAAGUCAGAACCUGUUUCUCCUCCUAGAGACCGUACCACCACACCCUCGAGAUAUCCACAACACACGCGUCAUGAGGCGGGAAGAUCUCCUGUUGACAGCUUGAGCAGCUGUAGUAGUUCCUACGAUGGAAGCGACAGAGAGGAUCACCGGAAUGAAUUCCACUCUCCCGUUGGACUGACCAGACCUUCGCCGGACGAAAGGGAAAGUCCCUCUGUGAAGCGCAUGCGGCUCUCUGAAGGAUGGGCGACAUGAUAACAUUAUUAGCUAUUAGGGUUUUUUUUCCUUGCAGUGUGUGUGUGUGUGUGUGUGUGUGUGCUAUACCUUAAUGGGGAAAAGGGAGGGAGGGGUCGAUAUCCAUUUAUGUGCUGUGUGUGGGGGGGGGGGAAGUCAGGUACUCUGUUUUGUAAAAGUACUUUUAAAUUGCCUCAGUGAUACCAUAUUAAGGAUAAACAGCAAUGCUGAGAUAAGCUUCGCACUUGAGUUGUACAACAGAACAUGUGUACAAAGUAGGUUUUAAGGUUAACUUCUUUUCACCGUUGUGCUCCCUUGCAAACUGUAUGUUACAAUAGAUAGUGUCAUGUUGCAGGUUCAACGUUAUUUACAUGUAAAUAGACAAAAAAAAGGAAACAUUUGCCUACUAUGGCAGAUCUUUACUGAGAGAGAAAGCAGCUGUUAUGCAACAUAUAGAAAAUGUACAGAUGUUGUGGGAGACCCAGGUAUUGGGUGACCAAGAAAAGAAGAUGGAAAAAUCUAGGUCAUCCAAUAUAUCUGAAAUGUUCACAAAUGCCUAGGCAUAUUGUUAGAGUAUGGCACUCAGUUAAACGGAUCAAAAACUUUUAAAAGAGAAUCAUACUUAUAAAAAAAAUGUUUUUAGUUUGAGGGCUAACCUAUUUAAUUUUUAAAAUACUGGGUCUGCAUCACUUAUUAAAUAAAAUAUAAAAAUAUGUAAAUUACAUUUUCCUUAUUUUCAUAUUAAAAAGUAAGAGAGUUUGCAAAGCAUUGUGGCUUUUUGUAGUCUACUUAAGCCAAAAUGUGUUCUUUUCCCCCUCCAUAGCUUUGCCAAUAUUUUAAACAACCCUGAAAGAAACAAAAGGGGACUUUUUUUGUAUAGAAAGCACUACCCUAAGCCAUGAAGAACUCCAUGCUUUGCUAACCAAGAUAACUGUUUUCUCUUUGCAGAAGUUUUGUUUUUGAAAUGUGUAUUUCUAAUUAUAUAAAAUAUUAAGAAUCUUUUAAAAAAUCUGUGAAAUUAACAUGCUUGUGUAUAGCUUUCUAAUAUAUAUAAUAAUUAUGGUAAUAGCAGAAGUUUUUGUUAUCUUAAUAGUGGGGGAAUUAUAUUUGUGCAGUUGCACAUUUAAGGGGUUUUUUGUUUUUCUUUUAAUCUGCAUACAUUUACAGAAUCAGUCAGCUGUUGAAGGCUAAUCUGCAAAGAUUAGAAUUUUCUCUUCCUAUAGCAUCCCAUUCAUUCUAAUCCAUCUGCAAUCAAUUUGGUGAACCAUUGUAUAUACUGAUUAGUUCCGGCAUACUGGUCUGUACAUUUGACCAAGGUCCCCUUUUUACCUCAUAUCUUGAGUAUCUUGUGGCUUUCUGCUGAUUUAAAUCAUAACGUGGCUUAUCUUUGUCCUCAUUCCAUAAAUUCAACUGAAUUGGCAUCCUUUCAUUAUUUGCUCUGAUGUGCACCUGGAAGAUGUACCAUAUUUUCAAAUUUAUGGAAGUGUAGAGUUAACAUAAAAGUGAAGAUAAAAGUUCAGUGAUGAGUUACCCAAACACCCCAAACCAACUCUGUUUAUCCCAAGGCACAGUUUGAUGCCUCAGAGAUAUGGGUGAGAAUAUUCAAAUAUAGAUAAUCAAUGCUAUCUUAGACAAUAUAAUGGGAGAUAAGAACAGCAGUAUGGUCAAGGCCAUCAGUUCUGAAGCUCAGGGUGAUUAUAAAUUUCAGGUUGCUGUAGUCUUAAGGUUUAUUCACAUGUGCACAUAUAUACUCGUAGUGCAAUCCUCUAAAGUUGUGUCAGGCAAAACCUGCUAAAUUCAUGGAGCUUAGACCUCCGAGCUUAGACUCUGCACAGGAUUGUGCAGUCACUUAUUAAACAUUGAGUAACCAAGUGAUUAUUGAUUCUUAGCUGUGUGAACUAUUUUCAUUGAAAGGUGCUUGACAUGACAUCUAUGGUUAGUCAUAGACUGUAAGUGAUUAACAUGUAUGUCUAGACAUGCCCAUUCAGGAAAUUAUAGGAGCUGAACUCUACUACCUUGUUGAAGCAGGUUUGAGAAAUCUCAUUCAUAAUAAAAUAUGUGGAUACUAGCUAGAUGUUUCACUUCUCUAACCCUCUGAAGAUAUACUUAAUGAGAUCAUCAUUGUUUUAGUAAAUCUCCAUUAUUAUUAUUCAGAAGGAACAUUUUUGAACCAUUUUGGUUCUACCCUACUUCCAACCCAGAAGAGUCAUUUUGAAAAAAGAAAAAACUGCAAGAAAAGGAUUAAAGUCCUGGCUAACUAAUGUUCCUCCAUUCCUCAUAGCAGAUUCCUGAUUGUCUUUUUAGAAAAGCAGUAGAAACAUCUAGUUGACCCUUACAUAGUCAUGUUAUCAGUAUAGCACGAGAAAGACAAAAGCCUUCAUCUUAAAUGCAUUUUUCCCCUUGUGCAGAAUUUUAAAGACAAGUGACCAGUGAGAUAAUUUAAUAGAAUAGAACUUGGGGAUCAAUUCUUACUCCCUAACUCAAAAUGUGUGGCAGCUUUUUAUGGCCACUCAGUAAUGAGUGAGAGGCAUUCUGCACAUGGUAAUUCACUCAUAUCUGUAAUAUUUCUUCAUACGCUUGAGCUCUGGUACUCAAAAGUCAUGAGGCUCAACCCUCAUCACACCUGUCUCAUAUUAAGCUCUACUAGUCGUACAUUAUAUUUUUGUGAGGUGAAAUCUGAGUAAUUCCUUUCAAACAUUUCAGUGCUAGAAGACAGCUGGUGCUGUCUCUGUUCCUGAAAUGGGUCUCCCUCUCAUUUAGAGUUAUUGCAACUAUAAAGAACUGUAAGUCGAAUGUUAUGGGAUACCUGUUCUUUAUCACCCAUAAAUACAUGCAGAUAGCUGAACAAUAGUUUUCCUAUAUCGUUUCUGCAUCACUCUAAUCUGAAACUGGACAAAGUGAAUGUAACUGGCUUACUGUUGGCUGUGAACUGUAUCAAGAGUUUUCUCAAGGUUAUGAGGUUCUGGGCAGUGUAAUAGCCAGCCACCAAUAAUGAGCAUGACUAAUACAGGUGAAGCUUGCCAUAUUUCUCCCAUCAUUUUUAUGCCAUGAUACCUACUUGCAAGUUCCUGAUUGUGCUGACAUUAUCAGCCAGCAACCCUAGCUUCCUGGUCUGUGAUGCUGUACUGGUUCAGCAGUUGCUUUGUCCCAACCUAAGUGUUUAUUGGCUGGCACAGCAAAUCUUAGGAGGACACCGAGACCAGGACAUUAUCACAUAUAUUCAUGGUAAAGAAAACAGUUCUGAUAAUUCAUCUAACAGUGACUUGCAAAAUAUAUGCAUGCAUUACAAAACAGAGAGAAUGGGGCCAAUAGUUGAUUUUAGAAACCCAAAUUGGGUUUCCAAGAUAGUUCCCUUAUCUUAACCCAUGCCAAUACUGGUCUACAUCUGAUUUUUUUUACUUCUAUGAAAUAUGCAAAUAUGUCACAACUGUACCUUCUCAUUCUUCAAGAGAAACAAUCCUUGGUUUAUCACUAUUGGGUAAUGUCAGUGGGAUUGGUGGGGAUCAGUCUGAAUUAGAACAGUAGCCAUAUGAAUAGUUUACCUUGCAGGUUGCCUAAACUACAAAAGAAAAAGAAAAACUUGAAUUUUUGUUGAAGGAGAGUAGAGAUUAAGGAUUGUUGGCCCAUUGCACCUGUUUGCAGACAAGCAAGCUCAUACAACUAGGCAAUUGGCCGCUGUUAUGACCUUGGUUUUUAAACAGCCACUGAACUGAAUCAUGUGACAAUGGACACCAGUUUCCCUCUUCUUUCUGCUACCAAGCUGUCUCAAGUAUUAGCAGGCAAGGAAGUUAAGGUUAAUUCAUACUUGUUGAUGGAUUUAAUAAAAGAAGCACAACUUUUAAUCAUGACAUUGCUUUCUAGAAAUUCUAGCUGUCUGUGUUUAGGUAUUCCCUCUGCCUGUACCUUAACCAUCUAUUGCAUUUGCAAAAGCUACUGUGGGGGCUUAUUGUGUGAUUUCCUUUAUAUUUAAGCAGUUUGGGGCAGCGCCUCAAAAGAGUAUUCACAUAAACUUUGGUCCAGGCAGUAUAAAGUGACUUGAGAUACCUCAGAGGCAUCUCCUCCCUUUCUUCUUUGGAAAGGUGUCAUAAAUGAAAUUCUGAAUCCUGAUUGCUGGUGGCGAUGAUAUGAUAUACACAAUCUGCACAAAUUUGUAUAUUGUAUGCAUGGAUGCCUUUCCCGGAGAAGUUUUUUGACUCAUUUAAAUGUUUUUUCAAAGUUGUUUUUUGUAACCAAAUUGUUUCUAUUUUCCCCGGAAGUGGAAUUUAAGAAUUUUUAAUGAUUAAUAUAAAGUUAUCUGCUGUUUCUCAGAGCUUUUUUUCAGGUAAAGCUUAAAAGCAAGAAUAAAACAACUGCUGUGCUGUUUUCAAGGAUGUCACAAACCCUUUUUUAUCUUUUUUUAUCGUUUCCGUUUGUCUUUGCCUAUAUACCCGUCAUCUUAGUAGACAAAACAAUGUGAUUUGGUUUUUUCUCCUCUUUUUUCCUUGCCCGAGAAGGCAAAUGCUUUGUCAUUUCGCGUGCCCCCCCCCAAAAAAAAGCACUUGAAACCUCAAUAAAGGCUGUUGCCUAAACACAGCAUACUUCAUUUGCUCCCGUUUUAUGCCAUCUGCAGUGACAUCCUCACUUCUGUGGCCUUCAUUUCCUGCCAUCACACAUCUCUUGAAGGUCUGAUGGAACAUUGGUGUCAGUUGAGAAUGCUUCACUGUCAACAUAAUAACAGGCUUUUGUGCAUAUAUUUUAACCAAAGAUGUGGAGCAAUCCAAGUGCUGAGUUAUAUACUUUUCUGUGUCAGAUUCCCUGUUUGAUUAUCAUCAUAAUUAGGUAGUUUGGUUUUACUGUUCCCUUUCAUACCUGCAACUGACCCAUGCCUCAAUUUGAUUCAAAGAGGUCAGCUCAAUGAAACCAGCAUUGUUGCCCUCAGAGUCACUGCUAUAGGCUUGCAUUACACCACAAGGCAUUUGACUUGGAUUGCUUCAGAUGAUUUGCUUCUAUUACAUUUUUUUCUGGGGAUCUGUUUCCAUUCAAUCAGUGAUAAUUUAAAAACAUCCUUUAAAUGGGGCAUACAAGCAUUUUGCAAGAAACUUUAAAGGCUUACAGCGGCAUAAGCUGGACUUUGUCGCCACUAGAUGAUGAAACAUUAUAACUAAGUUAGAAUCACAUCUGUGUAUCUCAAGGGACAAUUCAGCUGUCUGUAGUGAACAAAAAAUGGGAAAAUUUCAAAUGUUUCUUCUGCUGAAAAUAAGGUAUAAUUUGUAUUUUGCAGCCAAUCAGUAAAGUUACUGGCUUUCUUAGUGA